GAUAUAUAGUGGACCGAGACCAUGCGAAGCCUAGUGGCAAUGAGGACCAAACAGAGACGAAAGGUGUGCGUUCUUCUACCGAACAAGCAGCACCUGGAUUGUGCUGUCACGGUAAAAGCCAGAGGCCAUGAGGUGUUGAACAGUGUGUUGAAGCAUCUUGGUGUCAGUGAUCUCCAAGUGUUUGGUCUGGCUGUUAUGAAAGAUAAUGAUUAUCUGUUUCUUGAUUUGGACCAAAAGCUGAGCAAGUACUUUGGGAAACGAUGGAACAAAGGAUCUUUAAUGGUCCCAUUUAUCUUAUUUCUAAGGGUCCAGUAUUAUGUAGAAAGUGGGCUGCUAAUUUUGAGCACCACAGUGCAGCAGCUCUACUACACUGAGCUGAGGCAGAAGGUGCUGCGUUCACAGAGCCACCAUCAGGAGGCUUUGUUCUUCCAGCUGGCAGCCUCUGCCCUCCAAGCUGACGUCGGCGAUCUGGCACAGGGAGAGGAGACCGAGGAAGACGGAGAAGAGAAGAAGCAGGAGAGAAAACACAGAUGCUACUUUCUCCCUGAAGAUUACUUCCCCUCAUGGCUCAUAAAGCGCAGAGGGAGAGAGUAUUUACUUCAGCACAGCCCAGUGCUGCAUGGUGAGCUGAGGGGGGUGUCUCGCAGGCAAGCCAUCCUGCACUUUAUAAAGGAAGCCAACGGGCUGCAGGAUGGACCUGUCACAUUCUACAGGAUGAGAGAGGAGGAAAAACAGCCGAGGAGUUUAAUCCUCCUCGGUGUGACAGUGAAAGGAGUCCAUAUUUGCCAGGAGGUGGAAGGGAAGCAAUCUUUGUUGUAUGAUUUCUCCUGGACAGGUAUUGAUCGCUUCACCUUUCAGGGCAACAGGUUUGAAAUCACUGCUGUGGGCUCUUUGUGCCUUCCUAAACUGGUUUAUUACACUAAAUCGGCUUUCCACUCUAAACACAUCCUGAGGCACCUCCGUGACAGUCACCAACUCCACAUGAACACCAGAGAUGCAGUCAGUUACAUCCAACAGCUGGAAAACAUGGGUACCAAAGAAGCCUACAUCUGCGACACAGAGUGCCUAAGAAAGAGUCUCCAGUGCGGCAACCUCACAUCUUCAAUGUCUGACUGCAGUGAUACAUUGGAAACAGCUACUGCCUGGUUUAAAGAGGAAAAGGAGGAGGAUGGAGGCUCUACAACAGAGUCUGAGCUGUGGUUGGACGAAUCAGAGGAGUUGUUUGUUGAUGAUCCAGCUGAGGUGUCCUGGCUGGCUGAGCUGCUCCAUGGUGUGUCUGUCGACGCUCCUUUGAUGUUACCCUCUUUUUGCUGGGCAGCACGAUCCUGCAUCAAAGCCAACAUCCUUCUCUGUGAUCUUCAGGUUCUGUGGAAGAAAACUGAUGAAGGGAUGUCUGUGGACUAAUUUAGAGUCAGAGGAUGCAGGGAUUCAUCACCCGUUCUUCAUCUCAUGACAAGGAGACACCUGUUGGAGUUUGUUGUUAUGGAGCGAAAAUGCUGAAAGGAUACAGCUGAGCGUUAUAUUUUGUUUGCUUAGAGGAAACCUCAUUAUAUGUGCUAAAACAGAAGCCACAUAGUGACCUGAGUACAGCCCAAAGUUGCAGUAAUUACACUUCAGAGAUCGAUGUAUACAGACUAAAUCUUGCCCACAAAGAGGUAUAAUAUUGUUUUAAUACAUAUUUACAAACUAAAUGUAUUAAUAUAUCAAUAACAUAAUAAAUGCAACACUUGGGA